AUGACAGAAAUUCUACCGAUCGAUUCAUUAAUGAUUGAUCGAUGGACAAAUCAAUGGAUGAAACAGCUUGGUUUUAAUCAUGAACAAUUACUUAAAAGAAAUACUAAAGUUGAACAAUUUUCACGAUUUGUAUUAGAUCGUAUACAAACAAAAAAAUCAAUAGAUAUAACAAAACGUGAACAAUUAUUACUUGAAACAUUACGUGAAUAUGAACAUCGAUUAAGUCGAACAGGAUUUGAAAAUGAUAUUAGGGAAGAAUUUGAAAAUAUGAAAUUAAAACAAAAAGAAUUAUAUAUUGAAAAAAGACAUCAAGAAUUAGAUUUAAAAGAAGAAAAAUAUAUUAAAGAAUUAGAUCAAUUAUUUCAAAAUGAACGUUCUUUAUGUCAAAUUUUAACAGUAACACAAAUGGAAAUUAUUACAGAUGAAACUUUAGUUAAAAGAAUUGAACGUUUACAAGAUUAUAUAAAUACAUUAAACAAAAUUAAAACUGAACGACUUACAACAAUUAAAUCCUAUCGAACUCGACUUAAUGAUUUAUGUAAUCGACUUGAUGUUAAACCAGAUAAUUUAUCUAUAAUAUGUCAAUUAAUUGAUGAGAAAUAUGAAUCUUGUUUAACAACAGAUUCUCUUGAUCAAAUCGAAUCUUUUCUUAAUAAACUUGAAUGUAAAUCUGAAGAACAAGAAAAAUAUGUCAAUACACUUGUAGGAACCUUAGAAAAAUUAUAUGCAAAACUUGCAAGAGAUGAUGCAUCGCCACCAAAACGUUCAGCUGCGUAUAUUUUACGGCACAAUACUGCAGAAACAGUGAAACAGCUAGAAAAUGAAAUUGCCCAAUUACAAGCUAAAAGAAUGGCUACUAGUCAAGCAUAUUGUGCAAGUAUGCGAAAAAAGAUUGAAGAACUUUAUGAACAAUGUCAAAUAGGCGGUUCGGAACGUCGUCCUAUUGAUUUUGAAAAAAUAACACCUGCAAUUCUUGAUGAAUGUGAUCGAGAAUAUGAUCGUUUGGAUGAUAUGUAUCAUGUUCGAAAACCUAUACUUGAUGCUUUUGAACAAUGGAAAUUACUUGUACAACAACAUAGUGAAUUUCAAAAAAAAUCUACUUCAGCGGCACGUUUUCAUGAACGUGGUUAUUCCGCAGUAAAAGAACAAGCUGAACGCAAACGAUUUGCUAUUGCUUUACCAAAAGCUGAACGAACGUGUUUAAAUAUACUAGAACAAUGGGAAAAAGAACAUACAAAUCAACAAUUUUUGAUUAAUGAUAUUCCAAUUCGUCAAAUUAUUGAACAACAACAUAUCGGCACAUCAAAUACAACAGCGACAACUGUUAGUAACCCUUCAACAACAGGUUUGAAAACGUCAACAUCAUCGAUUGGUUUGACUGCUGUUCCUCAACGUACAUUAUCGAAAAAUAAUAUUCGAAAAAAAUCACUACGACAUGUUGUUAAACAUACAGUAGAACAACAAGUUAGCCAAAGUCAUCAUCAUGAAGCUGAUGAAGAUACACUUGAAUUUACUCAAUUAGAAAAUAUUAAACAUUUUAAUGGGUUACCACGAAUUGUAACAUCAACGCCUAAAACUGAAAAGAUUAAUAGCAAUCAUAGUGUUGUUGAUAUAGGUCGAAAUAAAACUAAUGAUCCUAUUCAUAAACGCCGCCCAUCUAAACGAUUAAUACCAACUCGUCGAUGA